UUGGAAGCUCUUUAUUUAUCAAGACCGAAGAUCACGAGCGUGGUAGAAGAACUUUAGUAGCCCAGCUUUGGUCAAGCUGAAAGGACGUAGUUCCUUCAACCCAAGAACGUGCACUCUGCCCAAGCUUAUAAAGACCAACUGAAUUUGAUAAACCAAUUCUAUCGUUUCUGAUCUCGCUCAUUUCCUCUGAUCGAAAUAGUGGCACAGGUAUUUGCUGGUGCGACAGCUAACGGAAGGCGGCUAGUGUUAGCUUGCUUUAGAAAGGAUGUCGUACAGGAGGGUGGUCAAGCUGGUGUGCGGGAUCGCCGGUGGCGCUACGGUGCUGGCUUCGGCCGCUACAGCGGCAGAAUCGUUCGGGUAUUUGGGGGACAAGUCGCUUAGCGAGCGAUUGAAAAGCUGGACUGGUUUUACCGUCCUUCAGGCGGCACAACCACCGACGUGGGCAGUGGGGAACCAUACUGUGGCAUCAAGUGCUAGUGGUUGGGACAACAACUGGGAUAAACGUGACCCAAGCUCGUUGGUAAACUUGAAGAAGAAGGAAAGUGCCAGCGUGGACCCGAACACAGAGACGGAGAACAACAAGCCCAAAGCCACCCGGAACAUCUUCCUCAUCAGGCACUCCCAGUACAACCUGAACGGCAACGGGGACAAGGAGAAGAUUCUGACCGCACUGGGCAGGGAGCAGGCGGAGUUUACUGGCCAGCGAUUGGCUGCGCUGGGACUGAAGUACGACGUCCUGGUCCACUCCACCAUGGCCCGAGCCACAGAAACAGCCCACAUCAUCAGCAAGUACCUGCCAGGGGUGGAGCUGGUGAGCUGUGACCUGCUGAGGGAGGGGGCCCCCAUCGAACCCGUGCCUCCGGUCAGCCACUGGAAGCCGGAAGCAGCGCAGUAUCACGAGGACGGCGCGCGGAUCGAGGCGGCCUUCCGCCACUACGUCCACCGAGCCGACGCCAAGCAGAAGGAGGACAGCUACGAGAUCAUCGUCUGCCACGCUAACGUCAUCCGCUACUUCGUCUGCAGGGCUCUGCAGUUUCCCCCGGAGGGCUGGCUACGCAUGGGCCUGAACAACGGCAGCAUCACCUGGCUCACCAUCCGGCCCAGCGGCAGGGUCGCCCUGAGGAGCCUGGGAGAUUCGGGGUUCAUGCCCCCGGACAAGCUGACCCGCACCUGACCCCGUCCCGCCCGGGCCUAGCUUCUUCUGCCGUUCUCCUUAAGUGUCUUGAACAUGUUUUUAUUUUAUUUUUUGGGUAUUUUUGUAGUCGGCUGCAGCAGAAUAAAUAUGCCAUUUUUUCACGACGUUGUGAUCGCUCCUGAGCUGUGUAGCUGGUCAACUAUACAGGAAGGUUUCAAUGCAAAGGCACGUUUUAGUUUUGACGGAUUUUUGUACAAAAGUGAAAAACGGUAUUAAAAAUGUUUGGUUCAGUGGCAGCAGCGACAACUGCUCGGACGGGGGCCCGUUUUUAUAUGAAUGUUACGGUUUGAAUAUUUUUCUGUGGAAAAGCAACGGAUGGGAGUUUUUAAAGCCAAAAGAGAAGUAUUUUGCUUAAUUUGAGAAAAGUUAGCGGUUUUAAAUGCUUUUUUUGUGCUGAGUCCUUUUCUAUGUGAUCGUAAAUCAAACCGAUCAGCCUGUACUAAAUUUGUCCUGAACUUUGACCUGAAAGCACGCACAACAAGCGGUUUUUAUUCGCAAACUCGCCGUGGCAAGUCAGUUAAAAGCGAUUUCUGAGCUCGCCAACCUGUGCCAAGAAAAAACAGUCCUUGCGUUUGUCAGUCAAAGUUGAGGGCAAAUGUCAAGCCCCAGCCCGUGUCUGCCAAAAUUAAUGUACGAAACAGCGCUGAAGAAAUACGCAGUGUGUGUUUUUGUGUGUUUUCAAAACAGACCAUGAGCACAAUAAAACAGCGACUUGCA